CAGCGCGCUAGCCAGCCGGCUGGGCCCCCGGACGGAGCGCAGGGCCGGGCUGCGCACGAGACCUGCAAGGCAGAACUGGGCGCAAUUCUCAGCUUCUUCCACGCUUCCUUCUUUCUCUUAAAGAAAAACUCCCUUGCUCUCACUUGAACUUGGAGGAGCAAGGGGGUGAUCAAAAGGCACUGACGCAGAGGUUUUAUUUGUGAACCUUGACGAAGUUCUGGGCAAGUCACUCAACGGGACCGGCGAGGCCAGGGGUAAUCCCAACUCCCCGGCGCGGUUCAGCCUGGCAGUGCCCUUUGGUAACCAGCCCGAAGCCAAGGGCGGGAGUGCCAGGCACCCCCAGACUUUGCUUUUGGAAUAAUGACCCUACAGGUGGCCUGCGCUCAGGUGGCCUUGUUUGGUGAGCGUCCCCACCAGGUCUGAUCGCCACGGUGGCUCGGAGGUGCCGAGGCCAGCAUGAUGGACGACGACACAGAGCUGAGGACCGAUGGAAACUCACUCCUAAAGGCGGUGUGGCUAGGGAGGCUCAGGCUGACCAGGCUCCUCCUGGAAGGGGGCGCUUAUAUCAAUGAAAGCAAUGACAAAGGGGAGACAGCUCUCAUGGUGGCGUGCAUCACCAAGCAUGUGGACCAGCAGAGCAUCAGCAAGUCCAAGAUGGUAAAGUACCUGCUGGACAACAGGGCAGACCCCAACAUCCAGGACAAGUCUGGCAAGACGGCGCUCAUCCACGCGUGCAUCAGGAGGGCUGGGGGAGAAGUGGUGUCCCUACUCCUAGAGAACGGGGCGGACCCCAGCCUCGAGGACCGCACUGGGGCUUCAGCCCUGGUCUACGCAAUCAACGCAGAUGACAAAGACGCCCUGAAGCACCUGCUUGACGCCUGCAAAGCCAAAGGGAAGGAGGUGAUCAUUAUAACAACAGAUAAAUCCUCAUCAGGCACCAAAACCACCAAGCAGUAUCUCAAUGUCCCUCCUUCCCCCAGUGUGGAAGACCGGCGGUCACCACCACUGUGCCUGUCUCCUUCAGAGAUUGAACUGAAGGCUCCAGGCCUGGGCUCUCCACCCAGUGAGAGGGAAGAUGAUCUCUUCAGCCUCCAAACAGGGCAUCUGAGUGGUUGCAACACCGCCAAGUCUCUGAAUGAGCCUGGGUCACCCACCAGGAAGGGAGGGAACCUCAAGAGGGCCCGCCUGCCCCAACUGAAAAGGCUCCAGUCUGAACCCUGGGGCCUGAUUGCGCCGUCUGUGCUGGCUGCUAACAUGCGUCAGGACGAGACCCAUGGCCCCAGCCCGGACAGUGAGGUCAUCAAGAGCAUCAGCGACGUGUCCUUCCCCAAAAGGGGGCCGCUCUCCAGAACCAACAGUAUCGAUGGCAAAGACCCCACCCUCUUUCCCACAGUCACGGAGCAGGUUCUGAAGAUCGCAGCCUCCCCGGCACCAGCAUCCUGGAAGGCAGCCUAUGAGAAGGGUCAGUCUUCCCACCCUCGUCUGGCCCGAAGGGGAACUCUCCCUGUCGACCAGGAGAAGGCGGGUGUCAGUCCAGCAAGCCCCCCUGCUCUCAAAGAUUCAGUGUCCCUCAAAUGGCUAGAGAGUGAUCUCCAUGAUUUAGAGUUACAGGCAGGGGCUGAGCAGCUCAGCUCGGGUUCCCUGGAGUCAAGCAAAGGGCCCUCGGACAGGAAGAGGCUCAACGGCUCCCUCCUGGCUCUCUUCCAUGGCCCGCGGGAGUCCCUGGACGCUGCGCCCAGCACGUCCCCCAGCUCGGCGCGCCGCAGGCCACCGCAUCUCCUGGAAAGGCGAGGUUCUGGAACUCUGCUGCUGGACCGAAUUUCUCACACCAGGCCCGGCUUCCUUCCGCCUUUAAAUGUAAGUGUGAACCCACCUAUCCCUGACAUCAGAUCUAGCAGCAAACCUGCUCCCCUUGCGAGCGGCUUAAAAUCCAUGGUUCCCAUUGCUCCAAGUUCACCAAAGAGAGUUGACUUGAGAAGUAAAAGGAAGCUCCUCAGGAGGCACUCUAUGCAAGUGGAGCAGAUGAUGCAGCUGUCGGACUUUGAAGAAGUCAGGACCUAGAAGCUUUCAGAGGGGUUUAAAAAAACCAGACUCUGUGUAGUUAACGAGAGGCACCACCAUCUAGAGCAGCAUAGCCGGGCAGACCCUGUGCAUCCUGGGCGUCCCUCGGCCCUGGUGGCAGGGAUGGAGCGGGGUGCAGCUUCCCUGCUGAAAUGGUCUCUGGGUUUGUACAGCUUUACUUGAAAAGAGCUCAGGAUAAUUGGGUUCUAGACACAAAAUCACCAAAACAAAAUUCUCCAAUGGAAGGAAGCCUUCGGGGUUUGGAGGGAACACAGCAAGUACAACGAUCCAGGCCCCUGACACCAGCUCUUCUCCACCAGACGAAUAAGAACGUAGAUCCCAAGACAGUAUUCAAAGCACGCCCUUUGUAGUAAAUCUAUAAAGUGCCUACAGAGAAGAUGAAGCUUUCACGUGUGUCAGGAUGUGCAGAAGCUCAACACCACCCCCUGAGCUCUGAAAUCUGGUAGCUGUGUUCCGUUCGAAGGAGACAAGCAGACCUCCCCCAUCAGAGAGGCUCUGGCGGGUGGAGCGCUGUCCAGCACGGUGCGCUCAGGGGCUUUCCCCACCCCAGCCACACCCUGCGUUCACGCGUACCCGUGGGUGUGCGGCGGGUCCCCAACUAUUGUAACCAUGUGUCCCCCGAAUCCUGAUGGGCCAUACUCGGGGGCGCCUCAGAGACACAGCCUGUCUCCCUCCCCCCCGGACACUAGCUCUGUGCCAAAAUCUUGUGAAAAAACAGUCAGGGGCUGUUAAUUAAUUUGGAGUUGAAUGUGAUACAGUUUCCAGAAUCGACCCGUUUCUUGCUUGUUCUUAAGAAAACUUGACGAGAUUCCCCCAAAGCCAGAAUGGUAAAUAAUGAUGGGACAGGCAGACGCAAAGAGCACAAGCGGGUGCUUCUCAGGCCGGAAGCUGUAGGACCGCACUGAAUUCUGUAGCCUGAACAUGUUAAGGGGCGCGGGACUGUCCUUUCAGCUACUCUUGUCUAGGUAAUUCAAGGAAAAUCCAGUUUCUGCUUUGCCUGAAUUAUCCACAUGAUGGGAGGUUUGUAGAAAUGACCCGAACGACCCUUGCUAGCCACGUUGCACACACCCAAGAAGGGAAGCAGAGACUCAGCACAUUUGGAGUGAUGCAGGCACAUUUCGGAUAAAGACGUUCCCGGUUAUCUCCCAGUUACUUUACCUUUCCUGUUGCUCAGAUACGUUGGUUCUAGGGUUAGAAGAAUUCGGUGGCCCCUGGGGGUUGUGUCCCUCAGAGGCAUGAGUAAAGGCUCGGAGAUUCGGGUUUGCAUCCCUGUUUCAUCAUUCACCAACUUUCUACUCCCGCAUUGGCAAAAUGGGGCUGGCAGUGCUCCACCGUGAAACGGCGAGGGGGAAUGAAGUGCCCGCUGCUGAGCCCGACGCGGACAAGUAACUGGAUAGCAGGUAGCUAAUUCUGAUUCACAUCUUCAGAACUCUGAAGCUUCCAAGUUUCAAAUAAUACAUAAUACCCCACACAAGGUGGAAUUAAGUCCAGCUGAAAAAUUCAAGGGUCUCCUUGAGAUCUCCAGUCAUGCCCAGUACUGAGCCCUAAGUACGUUGGUAGAGUAAACUACAUUCUGCCACAUCAGCUCUACACAUUACAGCAUUUCUAUAAUGACAUCUGCUAGACGGUUAUCUGAAUAUCCCAAACAAAAGUGCUGACGAUGCUUACAAAUAAACCGAAUGUUUAUUUUUUAAUCAUUCCUCCCGGGCAGGCCCAUACUCAACCUGGGCACUUUUGAAAUUUUAGGUGGAUGAGUCUUUGUUAUUGGGGGGCUGUCCUGUGUGUGGUAGGAGGCUCAGCAACAUCCCUGGCCUCUACCCACCAGACGCCAGGAGCAUCUUCCUCCUAGUUGCGACAACCAGAAAUGUCUCCAGACAUGCUGCUGGGAGCAACAUCACCUCGGCUGAUCACCGCUGCUCGAGGAGGAUGACAGUGUACCUGGCAGAAAUCUGUCAAGACCAACAAAGCUGCACGAAGGUGUGGGUCUGGCUGGGUCGGCCCUCCCACUGACUUGAAGCCAAUUGAACUGUGCUUUAGUAGGAUGACUAAUCGAUCCAUAACUCGGGCCCUUGGGGUUCUUGGCCAGCACACAUAGGGGAGUGCUGGUGGCCUUUUGUACUUUGCAGGGAGGGAAGCAAAGCACAUAAGCUAGUGAAAACCUAGGACUCACGAACUUGGUUUAGGGUGGAAAAUCCAUAUGCUUCUCGGGACCACUGAGUCACGAACGGUUCUUACCAAAUGGACGUGAUUGCAGGCAAGGAAACAACUCUCCAACGCAUUAGAGAGAAUCAUACCGACAACAGUUGAUCUCAGCAGCUCAUUAAACACACACACGUACCCUCCAGCUGUUGUUGCUGCCCGCUAAAGCUAACCUCUGCUAGUAGAUCUAACUGUGGGAAUCUACUAGAUCUCUGCUAGUAGAUCUAAUGCUACACACAUGCAUUUUUCCAAACCUUUAGCUAAGAUUCGAAAGCCUAAUUUAUGCUAAGUAGUGAAUGAGGCACAUUCAUAGCAAUUAGCUCAGGCAGAACAAGAAACGUGAUGGCUACUCAUCCAGAAUAACCUGUCGGUCCCACGAAUGCCCACAGCAGGUGCUCCAGGGCCCUCAUGCCUGCCUCCGUCACUUGUGACCUGUCCAUUGGUCUUUCUCUGGACAGCCUCCAGGACAGUACCUUCAUCCCUGUUUGACGUUGCAUCAGCUGGAUCAGAUUGUCCCAGACUAGUACGACCAUAACACUUUAUCCCGCUCAAUGCAGAAAUAGGCGAUUUUUGUCCACGUUAAUGAACCUCACAAGGAUGCUUCUUAAAAGCAUAUUUUAGAUUCAACUAUGUUUUCUAGAUCAGAGAUGAGCUUUUCUUUCCAGAACCCUAGUGUCACUACAGGAGUUAGCUGCAAACUGUAGUUAAGACUUUCUGGAAUGUUUAUCAAAAUGUAUUCUAGAACAGGAGUCUGAAGUUUAAAAGUCUGGAGCAGCAGUUUAAUUUCUAGGCACCCCGAAGCUGGUUUUUGUUUGUUUGUUUAAACCCACUGUCUUGAUUCUCUUAGAAUUUCAUCAAGUAAAUGGUGUCCUGCAAAGUGCAGGCUGUGUCCGACCCUCCUCCUUUGUGCGUGUUGGUGCUUCGGACCUACUGUGUGUUGCUUGCACUGGUUCUCUGUGGCAUUAGACUCUGGUCUCAAGUUGACGACGUGCUCAAAGAUGCGUCCAAAUCCAAGUAAUGGAACUGUCUAGAUAUUUCUAACAUGUCAAUAAAGGAUAUAUUGCAGUCCUUCAAUAGCAUGCCCCAUUUUUGGUAGUGAAAUCUCAAUGACAAAUAUUACUUUUUCCUUAUGAUGGGGUUGACACGACU